AUUUUAAAUCUAAUUUAUUUUGGGAACAAUUAAAAGGAACUAUAUAUAAACGUUUAAUAUCCACCUUGCUCUCCCUAUCACUCCCAAAAUCCUUUUCGGGCAACGUGCACACUGUACCAGCAGCUGCUGCCGUCAAAGUUUCCAAAAAAUUCAAAGAAGCAUUAUACUGAAUAAAUACAUAUUCAAAAUCUUUAUAAAAUGAAUCAAGGUGGAAUGAAACGAGGCAGUGAAGGUGGUCCUGGUGGUGGUGGCAAAAAGAUGAGAGGAGAUACAGUUACAUUAAGGUUUCUUCUACUUAGUAAACAUGCUGGUGGUAUAAUUGGCAAGGGAGGCCAAACAAUCAAAAGAUUACGAUCAGAGUACAAUGCCACUGUUAAUGUACCUGAUUCUAAUACACACGAGCGGGUAUUAUCAAUUGCUGCAUCUCAAGAAAAUGCCAUAAAUGUUUUAAAAGAAUGUCUCCCAUUGUGUCAUGAACCGCCUUAUCCAGUAAACGCAGGUGGACAAGCGCCUAAAAGUGCUUAUGAGGUAGAUUUUCUUAUCCACUCCAGUCAAGUUGGUGGUAUCAUUGGACGUGCAGGAUUUAAAAUCAAAGAGAUCAGAGAGACCACAAACACCAGUAUUAAAGUCUAUCAAGAAUGCCUACCGAGCUCCACUGAACGUGUUGUUGCACUUGGUGGUGGCGAAGAAGAAAUCAUUGCAGCCCUGCGGAAGAUUCUCGAACAAAUGCAAGAACAACCAAUUAAAGGGAACAUAGCCCUAUAUGAUCCAAGCCAAGAAUGGAACAACUCCAAUUAUAACGACUAUGGCCCACCCAUGGGUGGUGGCGGCGGUGGUGGAGGUGGUGGUGGUAAUAUGCGUGGAGGUAUGAGAGGAGGAAUGCGUGGUGGAAGAGGGGGUGGUAGAGGUAGCAAUUUUGGAGGAAAUCGUGGUAGUAAUUUUUCACCCAUGGGACAAAACAACCAAGGUGGUUUUGGUGGAGGUGGUGGUUUCGGUGGCGACUCUGACUUUGGUGGUAACCAAAAUUACAACAAUUUUGGUGGUGGUGGAAAUAAUGACUUUAACAACUCGGCACCUGCUGGAAUGGACACACAAACUACACAGGUUACUAUACCAAACGAUCUUGCUGGAGCUAUAAUUGGUAAAGGCGGCGAAAGGAUACGAAACAUCAGACAAAGAAGUGGCGCUGACAUCAAAAUAGAGGAUCCACAACCAGGAAAACAAGAACGAGUAAUCACUAUCUCAGGAACUCCUGAUCAAAUUCAGUAUGGUCAGUUUCUUAUGCAACAAAGCGUCAGACAAUACUCUGGAAAGAAGCCAUAAGUCAUCAAGACACUCUCGAUGAUUGAAGCUUGAUUAAUUGGAUGUCUCUAUCUCUGUGUGUGUGUUGUGGAACACUCCUCCAUUGUAAUAUAUGCCCCGUAUGGACAUUUUUUAUUUCAGAAUAUAUGUAUUACAUUGUA